AUGACCCCCUGGGUCAUUGUCGCGGGCCACCGACCCGGGUAUAGCACCGGAGUCAAGCAAGGCUGCGACUCGUGCCAGGCCGCGCUCGAGGAUAUCGUUCACAAGCAUGGGGCCGAUCUAGGUUUUUUCGGACAUGUGCACAACUCGCAGCGCUUCGCGCCCAUUUACAAAGGCACCGCCUAUGCUAACGGAAUGAAUGAUCCCAAAGCCCCGAUGUACAUCGUUGCUAGUGGUGCUGGAAAUAUUGAGAGCCUUAACCCCUCUAUUGUCAAGCCUUCCUACACUGAGUUUGCCUACGUAUUUGAUAACAGCUAUGCUAAGAUUCGAUUCUUGGAUGACCAGUACCUGCAGAUUGACUUUUAUCAGUCCUCAACUGGCACUCUCUUGGACUCGAGCACUCUGUACAAGAGCCACACUUCUCAAUUCGUCCAGCAGUAA